GGAUUAAGACACAGAGCUGCUCUCCCACGCUCUUCUCGAAGAAGAACCUCUGCCGAAGCUGCUUCACUGCCUCUUUCAAGAGUCUCUACAGGGCAGACAUGACCGAAAUAUAUGACGUCAUUGUCAUCGGCGGGGGCAUCUCAGGCCUCUCUGCUGCUAAACUGCUUCAUGAAUCAGGACUUAAUGUUGUUGUAUUAGAGGCCCGUGACAGAGUUGGAGGAAGAACCCAUACACUACGUAAUAAAGAAACUCAAUAUGUGGAUGUUGGUGGUGCAUAUGUUGGACCAACCCAAAAUCGUCUAUUGCGAAUGGCAAAAGAACUUGGUGUUCAGACAUACAAAGUGAAUGUCAAUGGAAUUCUCAUUCAAUAUGACAAGGGUAAAAGUAACAAAUUCCAUGGCGCCUUUCCAACUUCAUACAAUCCUUUGGUGUUUCUGGAUUAUAACAAUUUCAUGAGAACAAUGGAUCAGUGGGGAAGUGAGAUUCCUGCAGAUGCUCCAUGGAAAGCACCCCAUGCUUUGGAAUGGGACAAGAUUUCAAUGGAGGAAUUUAUAGUCAAAGUUUGCUGGACAAGCACAGCUAGACGGUUAGCAGAACUCUUUGUGAACUUAGUUGUAACUGCUGAGACACACCAGGUUUCUGCACUUUGGUUCCUGUGGUAUGUAAAGCUUUGCGGCGGAACAGUCAGAGUUUUCUCUACAGAAAAUGGAGGGCAGGAGAGAAAGUUUGUAGGUGGAUCUGGACAGAUAAGUGAGAAGAUGAUGGAACGUCUGCAGGGUCGAGUGAAGCUAGAAAGCCCAGUAGUAAGAAUUGACCAAUCAGGAGAUAAUGUCAUUGUGGAAACGUUAAACCAUGAUAUCUACCAGGGCAAAUAUGUUAUCAGUGCCAUACCACCAGUUCUAACUACAAAGAUCCACUUUAAGCCAGAGCUCCCUGCUGUUAGAAACCAGUUAAUUCAGCGUCUUCCAAUGGGGUCUGUUAUUAAAUGUAUGGUGUACUACAAGGAAGCCUUCUGGAAGAAAAAGGGGUACUGUGCAUGUAUGAUGAUUGAAGAUGAAGGUAUACCAAUUGGAUUCACACUGGAUGACACUAAACCUGAUGGAUCAAAGCCAGCCAUCAUAGGAUUCAUUCUCUCGAGAAAAGCAACUGCAUUGGCGAAUCUAAGCAAAGAAGAGAGGAAAAGAAAAAUAUGUGAGGGAUACGCAAAAGUAAUGGGCACUGAAGAAGCAUUACAUCCAGUGUACUACGAAGAGAAGGAUUGGAGUAAAGAGCAAUAUUCGGGUGGCUGUUACACUGCAUAUUUUCCUCCAGGAAUUAUGACCCAAUUUGGAAGUAUUAUUCGCACACCAGAAGGGAAAAUUUUCUUCGCUGGCACAGAAACUGCUACGCAAUGGAGUGGAUACAUGGAAGGCGGCAUACAGGCUGGAGAGAGAGCCGCCAGAGAGAUAAUGUUCAAGAUGAGACUCAUUGCAGAAGAUGAAAUCUGGGUGGAUGAACCUGAAUCUCUGGAUGUUCCAGCAAUUCCGAUUACUUCAACAUUUUUGGAGAGAAAUUUGCCAUCUGCUCAGGGAUUACUGCGCUUCAUUGGCCAUACUACUUUAUUUUCUAUGGCUGCUGCUGUAGGAUUUAUUGCAGUCAAGAAGGGUUACAUAACUCUGAAAUGACUUUGUUAGAUUAAUACUUUUCAUGAAUAUAGUCUGCUCUGAUUUUAUGGUACUACUAGAGAAACAUUUCUAAGUGAUUUCUAUUUUUUAUUUUUUUUUAACGUUUUCUUUCAAUGUUUGCCGAUUUACAGUUGGGAUAGAUUGUGACUAAACAUAUUAUUAAAUAUACUAGAUGGCAGAAAUAAAUUACCUAAACUGUAGAUUCAACAGUUUUUGGAGCUGAGAUAGAUGUUGCAUUAGAUUUAUGAAACCACAGUUAAUUCUACUAACAGAGAUCUGUUAACUAAACUGCCAUUUACUGAUCAAUUCUAAUACAAAGCACAUAAUUUACUAAGUGUUAAUACCAAACCCUAUGUCAAUAUUAAUCUAAAAAAACAAUUAAAAUAUUGUGUUCCUAUA